AUGGAGAAGGAUCGCAGUGCCCCAAGGUUCUCAUCGUGGACGAACGGUGACUUGUCACAACCUCCGACGGAAUACCGAAUGGCAGUCCAUUUGUCUGGUGCAGCAUCAUCUCCAAGCUGCGCAACAUUUGCCCCCAAUCGAGCAAUCACCGAUCAGGCGAGUGACUACGACGAGGACGUCAUUCGAGAUGCUAAACGAAGUUUCUAUGUCGAUGACGCUUGA